CCGUUUGCGCUGUGGAUUAGAAUUUAAUCCGCGAGAAAGGAGGAACAGGACGAUUUUAAGGGAAUCAAAGCAGAAAGAGGAGAAGCGAAAGGGGAAAACACGCGAAAAAGGCUCACAAACUGAGCGUUUAAAAUCAAAACUACCCGGAAUACACAUUUACUGUUUGUGGUCGCGUGGCAAAAACUGGCAGCAGCAACACCACCAACCAACAUCUCGCGCAGAAGCCCUUUCACCCUCGCGCGUUUCCUCCCUCGCCUCCCCCUCACAGCAGCUGGGUCGCCUGUGUGAGCAAACCCGAAGGACAGACUCGGCAGAAAAUAAAACUCAGCCGCUACAGUGGGCUCCCCCUUCCCCCUUCCCCUCACCACUUGAGUGUACAUAUCAACAAACCGACCCUGACGAGCGCUGUGACUCGGUUUCCCCGCUUUUAUAGCGGAGCUGUCAGGACUUUUCUUCCUCGUCAACUGAAACGUCAGUAGCUUAGCCGAGCUAGCGGGCUAACGAGACUAGCUGGGUUCAGCUACACGGAGGAAUUACGAUUAUUCCACCGAUAAACACCGAAUGAUGUCGGGGAAGGAGCAGAAUAAACAAUCCACCACCGAACGGCUCGUCAAAGGUGGUCGAGUAAGGCUGAAUGAGAUGAGCGGUGCCGUACCCUCCUACGACACGGCUCACCAUGAAAGAGCUGUACGAGGAUGGCAAGCCCAAAGUCGAGCUUCUUAAGAGCCACCUGGUGAAGGAGGGCCGUCUGGAGGAGGACGUGGCCCUACGCAUCAUCAGCGAUGGCGCCAACAUCCUCCGCCAUGAGAAGUGCAUGCUUGAGGUGGAAGCCCCUAUCACAGUGUGUGGAGAUGUCCAUGGGCAGUUCUUCGACCUGAUGAAACUCUUUGAGGUGGGGGGUUCCCCGCACAACACACGCUAUCUAUUUUUGGGAGACUACGUGGAUCGAGGCUAUUUUAGUAUUGAGUGUGUGCUCUACCUGUGGUCACUGAAGAUCACCCACCCGACCACCCUCUUCCUCCUCAGAGGCAACCACGAGUGUCGGCAUCUCACAGAAUACUUCACCUUUAAACAAGAAUGCAAGAUUAAGUACUCAGAGUGCGUGUAUGAUGCUUGCAUGGAGGCCUUUGACUGCCUUCCCCUGGCCGCUCUGCUCAACCAGCAGUUCCUGUGUGUUCACGGAGGCCUUUCCCCUGAGAUCACCUGCCUCGACGACAUUCGGAAAUUAGACAGGUUUAAAGAGCCGCCAGCUUUCGGGCCGAUGUGUGACCUGUUGUGGUCUGACCCCGGUGAGGACUAUGGCAGCGAAAAAAACUCUGACCACUUUUGUCACAACAGUGUGCGAGGAUGUUCCUAUUUCUACAGUUACCCAGCAGUAUGUGACUUUCUGAUGAAUAAUAACUUGUUGUCAGUUAUAAGAGCACAUGAAGCCCAGGAUGCAGGGUAUCGAAUGUACAGAAAAAGUCAGACAACAGGCUUCCCCUCAUUAAUCACAAUCUUCUCUGCACCAAACUAUUUGGAUGUGUAUAACAAUAAAGCUGCUGUGUUGAAAUAUGAGAACAACGUUAUGAACAUCCGGCAGUUUAACUGCUCUCCUCACCCGUACUGGCUGCCCAACUUCAUGGAUGUGUUCACGUGGUCACUGCCCUUCGUCGGGGAGAAAGUAACAGAGAUGCUGGUCAACGUGUUAAACAUCUGUUCAGAUGAUGAACUCAUGUCAGAGGGAGAUGAUACCUGUGAAGGUGGUGCCCCGGCAGUCCGCAAGGAGGUGAUCCGAAAUAAGAUUCGUGCCAUUGGCAAGAUGGCCAGAGUUUUCUCUGUUCUUAGAGAGGAGAAUGAGAGUGUGUUGCAGUUAAAGGGCUUGACCCCGACUGGAACGUUGCCUCUGGGUGUGCUGUCAGGAGGCAGACAGACCCUACAGAGCGCCACCAUAGAAGCAGAGGAAGCUCAAGCCAUCCAAGGCUUCAACCCUCAACACAAGAUCCAGAGCUUCGAAGAAGCACGCGGUCUGGACCGAAUAAACGAGAGAAUGCCUCCACGAAAGGACAGCGUGCAGCCGGACGGCACUGCCAACUCCAUCAACGUAGCCAACUCCCCCGACAAGAAUGGCACCAACAACCAGGCGUAGUAACCUACAGCAGCUGCCUACCACUCCCUCUCUCCCUCAUCCAUUUCUUUCUCUCUCUCUUUUUUGUCUCUCUUUUCCUUCUCAUUCUUACUUUUUCUGGUAGAGGUGAUGCCCCCUACAUGCAAAACUCUCCUGGACAAGAUCAGGGGAGAAUCGCACAAUACCAUGAAGAGGGCGUAGUGAAAAAAAACCAUGGUUCUUAUUUAUUUAUUGAUAUAGAUGAAAAGAAAUGUAAGUUCUCUAACAGUUGGAAAAUCAAGAUGAAUGAAUAUUACAUGUGUAUAUUAAAUACAGAAUAUAUAUAUAGAAAUAGCAUUGGGGUGGUGUAAGAGCUUCUUAGAUUCAGUAGUUUAAAAAAGAAAAAAAAAAUCCAUUUUGUAAAUUUGCGUUUAUAAAUUAGAUUUAUUUCUGUUUUUUUUUUUUUUUUUUUUUUAAACCAAUAUUUGCUCAGCAGAAUUUCUUUAAUGUUGUUUAUUGUGUGCUUGGCAUGGGAAUUUUGGGCCCAACAUAAUUAUAUAGAGUGCUUAUUUGUGAAUACCCAAAGCAAGUAUGAUAAUAUCGUUAAAGCUAAAAAAAAAAAAUAAAAAAAAAAUCAUAUGACAUAAAACAACAAAAUAUGUUUUUGUUAAUGAAAAAAUAUGUGGGGAAAAAACUUCAUUAUGCCAAUUAUAGAUAAGGGGAGUGCAUUAAUAACUCAAGUGUUGACACAUUUUUAUGUACAUUUAUAUUUUCAAGUGUUCCCUCAACCAAAUGUUAUGUUUACUCUGUUUCAGUUGUUUUCUUCCUGUUUGUAACUCAAACUACAAAAUGCAAAAGACUGAAAGCCAUCCUAAGAGGCCCAUGAGAUGGUUUGAGGAGUGAUCAUGUCUGCUUGUGUGUUUUUUACUUUCUUGUUUUGGUUCCUCCAUUUUGUAGUCCGUCACUCUUUAAUUCUGUGAAUUCGCACACUUUUACCGUAAUCCACUGCAUGCUAGAACUGCGUAGCUACGGUUGAAGGCCCCUAAUUCUACUUUAAAUCUUGAAUUUGAUGCAGACAUUCUGUCACCCUGCUUUGGCAGUUAAAAGAGUAAAAUAAUUGUGUGGAAAGUGAUUGAGAUGUUUAACAUCCACCUCAUCCAGAGAAUGAGAGUACAUGCCUUACAUCUUGUAUCUCAUCACACCUAUAACACACUUUAGUAGCACAUAGAAUUGGACAAAAUUCUGCCUUGCCUUUUCUUAUCAAAAGCUUAUCAUAAAGUCCCACCGGUUGAACAUUUGAAACUUUAAAAGCCCAUUUAUUGAUUUUCAAUUUGUCUGAAUAAUGUAUUGUGUCUAAUUAUUAUUAGUAUUCAGUAUCUUCAGUGCUAGUAUUUCUAUAGUUCUUCUAAACGACUGUAUUCUCUAGAGUGGACCAUUUUCCACAAAUACAAUUGAUUGAAGCCUUGUCUUUGCUUAUACCAAAAGCAAAACAAAGUCAUUUUAGUUGCUUUAUUGUGUUUUUUAAGAGGGGCAGGAUUUGCAAGAACUGUUUACCAAAUCUUUUUUUUUUUUUUUUUUUUUUCAGACCUAUUGUUUUCUUUUUUUCCUUUCUUCACUGUACUUUUAUUGUUGAGUAAAAUCGUAGAAAUCCGGCGACUGGAGAUUUCGCUGUGCAAAGGCUCCGACUUCCUGUACAUUAUACGUUUAAGGUUAUGUGCCAUGCUAAUAACUAUAGCAAGAGUUCUGUUUGUGGGCAUUGAGUUUGCACACAUGUAUCUCCCUUUUUAUUUAAUACCGCAAGCAAUCCAGGAUCCAUAUGUCUUGCGCAAUACUUCGAUUUGUGGUGCAGAAAGGAGACUACGAGGGUAAACCUGCAUGUUAUCAAUAAUGUAUUUAAAAGGAACUCUCUCAUCCAAAGAAAAAAAAAAUCAGUGUUUUCAAUGUAAAAAAUGGCUGUAACAUUGACAGAAAAAAAAAAAAACUGCUGGUUGUUUAAGGUUGUUACCUCUCCAUUUGCUUGAGAAGAGGCAAGCGCUUCAAUCAGCCCGGUAAAGAAAAAACAAAGGAAGGGAAAGAGCCUUGAAUGCUUUACUCUUUGUGAUCUAAACACACUUAGGGAGGCCUACAUCCUUAAACAGGUAACAAAAGUUAAUGAGUAGGUUGUCAUGCCACCUUUUUUGUGUCCUCUUUUUAAGUGUUUGUCUUUUCAAGUCUGUUUUAUGUAAAGAGCCUCUGCAGACUUAUUUGUCUUGUUUUCCUCCAUGUUUAAUUUAAAAGGGGAUAUCUGCUAUGGUGUGAGAGAGUCAUGGGUUUUGGGUGGGAGGGGUGCUUAGGGUGGGCUAUUGUUCAAUAUAUCGGAUAAGAAUUGGGGCGUUUGGAUAACAGAUCCCGUUUUAGGAGGGCUUCUUUUUUGACUUCUGUUACAAAUUCUAAACAUAUCUUGCUGAAUCUACAGAAAAUGUUGAUGUUUUUUUUUUUUUUUCUUAAUAGCUAAUAAAAGAGGACUUUGUGUCAAGAACUUGUAAUGUAAGGCCUCUAAAAAUCUCAAUUUAUGUUGAUGUAUCACUCCAUUAAAAAAAAAGAAAAACAAAAGUAAAAUGAAAUACAGACAUGUGGGGAAAAGAA